AUGUUCGACGUAUUUCAUGCUAAGCAUGACUCACCGGUGCUCAAACUGAAUGAAACAGUAACUAUAGCUCGAACAGAUGUAAGACAAUACAACGUACCGCUCCCGAACCGAGCGCUCACGGCUUCUGCGGCGAGGGGAACGACCGCAACGGCUGCGCUUGCCGUCGCCGAGUUACAUCCCAGAACCGUCGCCAUCUUCGAAAUCCCAAAACAUAAAGAGGAAUCAUCAUCGGAAACCGAAUCAGCCGAUUCAACAAUCGAUUCGGUGACGUCACGACAAACCGAUUGGAAAUCGAUACGAUUGAUGAUGAUCAUCAUUCUGCUCACUCGAAUACAAUUCACUGUCUAUUUCGCGUCAUUGUGGCCAUUUUUACAAGAGGUCGACGAAACUGCCACCAUGCACGACUAUGCGGUGAUCAGCGCCGUGUAUAGCAUAGGCAUAGCUGGAUCUGCUCCGUUUUUUGGAUAUUGGUCCAAUAAGUUGGGCUGUAUACGGAUUCCUUCAAUGUGCUCAAUGGUGCUAAUGCUUAUAUCAAAUGCGAUGUACAUAAUUAUGCACAAUUUCAACGGUUACGGUAAAUAUGCAAUGGGUGUGGCCAGGCUUUUAGCAGGUAUUGCUGCC